CACAGGACUGUUAUACAACUAAUGGACUAUAAGAACCAAAGCUGGUUAAGUUGCCCAUACCACAGAGAGAGCUAAGAAUUUCCCCAUGGCGGCAUCUCUUCAAGCUCUCGCCUGCGCCAUGCUCCUCCUAGCCGUCUCCCCGUCCCCGCUCGCUUGCACGGCCUCCAAGACGCUGCUGCAGGACAGGUGCGAGAGCUACGCGGGUGGCGACAGGAGCAGCUACGACUACUGUGUCCGGACGCUGCGGCGCGACAACAAGAGCGCCACCGCCGACGAGCUGGGCCUCGCCGUGAUCGCGGCGAGGAUGGCCAGGGCGACGGCCAAGGCCACCGGAGUCAAGAUCGCCUGGCUGCGGGCCAACGAGACGGUCCCGGUGCGGCGUGACUGCCUGGCCGCGUGCGCCAGAGAGUACGCCGCCGCCGUGCGCCGGCUCGGGCACGCCGCGUCGGCCGCACGGGCCGGGAAGCUGCAGCACGCGCAGACGCUGCUCGCGGAGGCCACGGGCACCCCCGCGCUCUGCGACGCCGCGUUCGCCGCCGCCCGGCAGGACUCGCCGCUGGCUGACGCCGACCUCGGCCUCGACGACCAGAUCGAGUUGGCGAUCGCCAUCUUGCCGGCGCCGCGGCCGUCGCUGCCGGCUAGGACGUGAUGUGAACUAUAUGUAUAAAGCGCUGUUCAUCGGGCGCGCUAUUUUUUUUGGUAUGGAUUGGAGCAAUAAAAUAAUUGACAUGAUGUUAUUGUUC